UUGUGUUUUAUCAUAAAAUUGAAAUACUAAGUGUGGAGACCAAAAUGAAUACAAAUAAUCAGGUAGGUUCAGCAAGACAGAAUACUCUGAGACAGAAUACUCUGAGACAGAAUACUGAAAAACACGUUUCUUAUGUGAACUCUGACACCAACAACUUCUCGACAGAAUACUUUUACCUUCCUCUAUUUUACAGAUCCACCACCUGAAUUAUAUGAACAAUAUACUAAAAUGAAAGAUCAAAUGUCUAAAUUGUUUAAAAAAGGAUUUAUUGAUUAAUUUUAUAUUUUUUAUUUAUUUAUUUAUUUAUUUAUUUUCAAUUGUAAACAAAAUGAAAAUUUUUGCUUUGUAUUCUCUAUCAUUCGGUGGCUCAGAUGACCGAUCGAGGGCAGCACUUGAGGCUGCUCAGUCUUCGGACGACUGUAAUUAGUCACCUCUUGGAGGAUCAAUAAAUUUGAACCAAAUUUUUAAAUAGAAAUUUUUUUUUUAAUUAUCUUUUAAUCAUCGUCAGGUUUAAUUGGACCAAUUUUAAUGUUAUUCAACAAGAUUUUGUAGUUUACUAUUAGUGUUUUAGUGUUGUUGUUGGUGAGUUCUAUGUCGAUGAUGAUGACUUGAUAUUUGUUUUUUAAUAACUAAAAGGAGAGAGAGAGAGAGAGAAAUGGGUUUGCUAUUUACUAAAAUAUGGUCUAUGUUUACAAAAGAAGAGCAUAAGAUUGUCAUAAUUGGAUUAGAUAAUGCUGGAAAAACGACCAUUUUGUAUCAAUUCAUAAUGAAUGAAGUUGUUCAUACGUCACCUACAUUAGGGAGUAAUGUUGAAGAGGUCAUUUGGAAAAAUAUUCGUUUCAUAAUGUGGGAUAUCGGUGGUCAAGAGUCCCUUCGACAAGGAUGGAGUGCCUAUUACUGUAAUACUGAAUUUAUUAUUCUUGUUAUUGAUUCAACUGAUCGAGAAAGAUUAAAGUUAUCUAAGGAAGAGCUUUGGAAAAUGUUGGUCCAUGAAGAUUUAAAGAAAGCAGCUAUACUGAUUUAUGCUAAUAAACAGGAUGUUAAAGGUUGUCUCACACCGGCUGAGAUUUCAAAUCAAUUAAAUUUAACCUCAAUCAAAAAACAUCAUUGGCAAAUACAAGCUUGUUGUGCCUUAACUGGAGAAGGACUUUAUCAAGGACUCGAGUGGAUUGCUAAUCAACUCAAAUCGAGGAGUUGAUAAUCUCUGGUGAUUUAUAUUAACCUUUAACUAACAAGAAAAAAUCUCUUGUCUUCAUCUCUCUCCUACACUAAAGUUCUUGGAUUAGCAGAAAUUUUACUUUUUAUGAUCAGUUAAUUAUCUCUGACCUCCAUUUGGUUAAUCCUUUCUAUGAAAAGCCAACAAAUAAUAUUUUAUACUAAAAAAUCAUGGUUAACAGCAAUUCAGUUUUCCCAAACAUCAUCUUCUUCCUCAACUAUUAACUCAAAUCAGUUGUGUUGAUUAAAUCAAUUGUUUGGCCAUUCCCAUAAUUUGUGAAUUUUAAUUCAUCAUCAUUCCAAAAAUGUUUAAUCAUGAAAACUCGGAGCUUGAACAUCACAAUUGCCAUAGGAAAAGCAUCAACAUCAAUUUAAUCUGCUGAUUUUCCGGAAAGAAAACAUAAUAUCUAAUUAGCCACAAACUCAUCAAAAAAAAAAGAAUCAAUUGUUUACCAAAAUCCUUCUCAAUUUAAAGAAAAUUAUAAUUGACCCAAUUGUGAUGUAGCCUAAUCAGGUUUCUAAUCAGCAAUUUAAUUUGUAAGGCCAAUAAACAAACAAUUCAUUGUCCACUUAA